CUCCAUCUGAAGGAGCAGCUCUUCUUCUUCUUCUUCUUCUUCUUCUUCUUCUUCACAGCUCAGACAGUGAGUUAUUAGACAGCAAGUGCAGAGCAGCUCAUACACACCCACACUGCGAGGCUGGAGAAGCCCUCGACAUGUGACCGCUGCUGACUGUCGACACGUACUUUCAUUUUAUCUUUCUUUUCCAAUUUGAUUUCCUUCGUCCUAAAGACUCCAGGCAGGACUCGUAAUCAAGCGCCGCGCAGUCGUCCCGUGGAUUUCAUCAGGAAUAAUUCAUCCUCGUUUGGCAAUCCUCGCUCGUUUCUCGGACGAACCUGCUGAAGGACGAGGAGCGAGUGUGUACACAAGAGAAUAAAAGCGUCUCGCUGACCUUCAGCAAUAAUCAGCGCCGACCCACGACUACACCUGUGCUUCAACAGCACUAUUUAUUUAUUUUUCGCCACUGGAGAAGCGUUGAAAGGGAUUUUUUUUAUCACUUUCGGAGUCAAGUCGGUUCAUCUCAGUGUGGACAGUGCAGGUCUCAGAGGCAGCCCCUUAACUAUGGGAUUUCAGAACUACUGAGGGAACUUCCACAAAAAGAGGGAAAAGGGGCCGGCAACGGGAACAAAAGGAGAGGAUUGAGCUUUUGAAAAGAGGAUCAGUUCUUUCAGACUCAGUGGGGUGCAUGCUGCCCCCUCAACUGGACGUCCUCUUUUGUGCGAGCAAGAAAAAAUAAAAGCAGACAUGCGCAAUAAACUGAGAAAGUUCCGGGAUGGGGGAUGCCCCAUGAUGGGGCAGAGGGACAGGACUUUUCUGGUGCUGCUGAUCGCAAUGGUGCUGACAGUAACAGAAGUGCGGGCUUCCUGGGAUCAGAACCCAAUGGAAGUUCUAGGUGAUGUAGGGCAGUUGGAGGCAUCUAUGCACUCGGCGGUGCUGUCAGACCUACAUGAGGUGGAAGCGGCAGUAGCUGCGGUGUCGCAGCCCGUUGGCUUCCCAGACUCCUCAGCGGUGGUGGGCCGGGUGUUCCAAAUGUUGGUGCCCAUCAAAGCGAAGAACUCCAGGAGCACAGUAAAGAUCACAGAAGCAAGCAAGGAUGUGCUCCCAGCAUGGUUGCACUGGGAUGCAGAGAGUGGCACACUUCAAGGCCUUCCUCUAGAGACAGACAAGGGUGUUCACUACAUAUCUGUUUCUGUUUCUAAUGAGAGCCAAGUCUCCCAUAGCCCAGAUGUGUUCUCCAUUGAGGUGCACCCAGAGGAGCAUGCUGAUACUGACCCUUUUCAGCUUGCAAUUCAACAGUCAGCCAGCAAUGAUGUCCAACCUUUCAUCUGUGGCAAUGAGGAACCUGUUACUGUCCUUACUGUCAUUCUGGAUGCUGACCUCACAAAGAUGUGCCCGAAGCAGAGGGUGGAACUACUUGCUAACAUGAAGAAGUUCUCUGGCAUGGGACUUCAGCACAUGAAGAUUUUGCCUGUGGUCAACAACCGUUUGUUUGACAUGUCUGCUUUCAUGGCAGGCCCGGGAAAUGCCAAGAAAGUGGUUGAAAAUGGAGCCCUUUUGUCCUGGAAACUUGGUUGCAGUCUGGAUCAAAGCAGCAUUCCUGAUAUCAGUAGUGUUCAGGUUCCAGCAAAAGAGGGAACCAUGUCUGCACAGUUGGGAUAUCCGGUCGUUGGAUGGCAUAUCGCUAACAAAAAGCCCCAUGUACCUAAAAGGGUGCGAAGGCAGCUCAACAACACCCCCACUCCCAUGCAAUCAUUACCACCCCCAACAACUUACCCUGACCCCCCAACCCGUAUCGUUCCCACACCAACUUCUCCAUCUAUUGCUCCUACCUCAGAGAGUUCUGCCCCACCUGUCCGUGGUCCUAUGCCACUUCCUAUGAAACCUACCAUUCGAAACAAAGAUCCCCCUGCUUACACUCCAACCUUAGGCCCCCCUCAGCCAACACGAGUAAUAGACACCACCAGCACAAUUACCAUCCAGCCCACCAUGACCAGGCCUGUGUAUGUUGGGCCCUCUGUGACCCCAGCAACACCCACCACCAGGAAACCGACCAGAAGACCUACAAAGAGACCCAAGACAACUCCGAUACCAAGAGAACCCAAGACUACCACAACCAAGCCACCAAGGCGCACAACACCCCCUGUUAUCCAAAUCGAAGGCAAUAUAAAACCCCAGCUGCAAAACCCAAUCGACCAGGUGAAUGCCUACGUUGGCACCUACUUUGAGGUGAAGGUUCCACCUGAUACAUUUUUCGACAAAGAGGAUGGAACUACUGAUAAGUUGAGACUCACCUUGCGCAAGGGCAAUGAUGUGGUUGGAGAUGAUUCUUGGAUACAGUUCAACAGCACAAGCCAGUUGCUCUAUGGAUUACCAGACCAGGGGCAUGAAGGAAAACAUGAGUAUUUCAUGCAAGCAACUGACAAAGGAGGUCUCUAUGCAAUAGAUGCCUUUGAGGUCCGUGUUAAUCGAUGGGGAAACAAUGUUAAGUCACCGGUCUUGUUUACUGCUGUAUUUGAAGGAGAUGCACGUUCAGUCACCAAUGACAUUCACAAGAAGAUCCUUCUCGUCAAGAAAUUGGCCCAGUCUUUUGGUGAUCGCAACAGUAGCACUGUUACACUGAAAAACAUCACGAAGGGAUCUAUCAUAGUUGAAUGGACCAAUAACAGCCUUCAGCAAAACCCCUGCCCAAGAGAGCAAAUACAGCAGCUGAGCAGAAGAAUCUCUAAUAAUGAGGGUAGACCCUCACCACAGUUCACGCAUGUUAUGGAACCAGAUUUCAAGGCCUUAAAUAUCAAUGUCAGAGGCACAGCAAGCUGUCGCAAUUACAUGUUUGUCCCAUUAGGUGAGAUCCCAGAUCCGACCACCUCUCCUGUUACUCCCGCUGUGGGUGCUGGAAGACAGAGCAAUGAUGAUGUGUAUCUUCACACCGUCAUUCCGGCAGUGGUGGUUGCAGCAAUUUUGCUGAUAGCGGGAAUCAUUGCCAUGAUUUGCUAUCGCAAGAAGCGCAAGGGCAAGCUGACCAUCGAAGACCAAGCAACUUUCAUCAAGAAAGGAGUGCCCAUUAUUUUUGCGGAUGAGCUUGAUGACUCUAAGCCGCCCCCAUCUUCCAGCAUGCCCCUUAUCCUUCAAGAGGAGAAGCCUCCGCUUCCUCCACCAGAGUAUCCCAACAUGGCUAGUCCAGAGACAACACCUCUGAACCAGGACCUUUUGGGAGAGUAUACACCGCUACAUGAUGAGGAUCCUAAUGCCCCUCCCUACCAGCCACCACCACCCUUCUCUACACCAAUGGAGGGGAAAGGAUCCCGCCCCAAGAACAUGACCCCAUACAGAUCGCCACCCCCUUACGUGCCACCCUAAUGUUUGCCAAAACCUCCGGAGCAGGAGGAUGGGGAACUUUUGUAGUUCCACACCAGUGCGUUGUUUCUUUGCAUUAUGGGAUUUUUAGAAGGGGCGGGGGGUGUUGCAAGUUGGGGUUUGAAUGUGAUGGGAUGAUUUUGUUAAACUGAACUCUUAAGGAGAUGUGGGAGGGUGGGGCAAGUGAAUAGUCUACAAAGGACAGCAAAAACAACCUCAGCCUCUGACUACUCUGGUUAUUGCUAAACUGUUGGGAUGUACCCUCCAGUCCUGGCAUUUUGUGUCUCGAUGGGCUUUUUUGACUAAUUAUUGGUUUUGUUUUGAUUUUAAUUUUCUUUUUUUUUCUUUUUUUUGUUUCACGAUUUUCUGACUCAGAAUCAAAACUCCUUGCCUAACAGCACUCUUUCUAUCUUCUGAAUUCGUUAAUCUUGGAUAAUAUAAGUGGACAAUAAAGCUGACUGCAGGUGCAAAAGGUUUCAUUGAGAAAUUCAAUAACGGAAGGGGAAUAAAAGAAUGGCCUUGAGGGACUUGGACAGCCAUGCAGACAGUUACGUGAGAUGUCGAUUCAUUAUGGUUUUGCCUUUUAACACACAAUUAAACCGUUUUUAUUGUUCUUCACAUUUCUAGUUAAAUCACUACAAGAAGAGGUAGCCAAAAUGAAAGAUUUGUUUAAUCCACUGUAUAUUUGAAAGUUGUUAUGCUCGAUCACCUUUAAUUUUUAUUAUAGAUUUUACUUCCUUUUUUUCUUUUUUAGUUUAAGUAUUACACUGAGAUAAACACUAUUUUCCACCUCUCAGAAAUGCUAAAAACAUAUUAAAUCAGUGAGUGACCAUCACAGUGUGUGUUCUGACUUGAGAUUUGUGCUAUAAAGUUCUUGCCAGCCAUGUGAAACUUUUGGAGGCGGUAAUCUCAUGAGUGAGUCGUCUAUGCAGAUUCUGCCUUUGACCUGACAGGCCGGAGCCCGGUACUGAUCUCACUUAAUCAUAUUUCCCAUAGGCCAUGAAGAAAUCUUGUGAUUUAAUUGGUUGUACAGGUUGACGGGGUCUUGACAUCGUUAAUUCUCUCAUAAGACAGCAGGAACCAUGUUCAGCACCCUCAAGUCAAAACCGCCAAUAUAAUGGUUCACAAGUGAGAUUCAAGCUACCGAGAGUCAUUGAGACGGAUUGCUCAAUUUCAAAGACUUGAUUUAAUCAGAACAAGCUCGGGUUUCAGAUGAUUUGUAGUUUUUCUUGCUUUCUUUUGUUUAUAUAUAUAUAUAUAUAUAUAUAUAUAUAUAUAUAUAUAUAUAUAUAAUAUCUUAGUGAUGAUCAUGGAGUAUAUGCCUUGAAUCCACUCGAAAUAAUUCAAAAUAAAGACUGAAGAUUAUAAUAAUGGUGACCCAUCCUCUACACAGCGGUAUUGUUUAUUAAAUGUCAUGUCAUAAUUAUAUAUUUGCAGUUGAAUGCCAUAUUUUGCCUUGGUGGUAUCGCAGCAAGUGUCUUCUGUACAUAAUAUUCUGCCUGUGGAUAUAAAUGUAUAGUCUAAACGUGUGUAAAUCAGAUAUGGUAAAAAAAAAAAAAAAUUUACCGUUUGUUUUAGAUGAGGGGUGAUUAUUUUUUAUAUAUAGUGAUGGUUAUUGAAAAAAAAAAAUCCUUGAGCAAGACCUGGAAUAGGAGGAGUGAAGAACUGGUUUCAUUUACAAAAGCAUCAUAAAACUAGAAAAAAUGAAAGGGGGAAAAAAGAUUGAUAAAAUCACAAUCUACUUUUUUACAAAGUUUUUGAUACAGCCUCAAAUUGUUUAUUAAAACAAAUAUAUAGUGUAUUGCAAUUUGUAAAACUCUAGUCCUGGUAAUUGAUUCAUUAUAUAGCUUUCCCUCAUGGGUCUUUUUCUUAGGUGGUUUUCUUUAAGUUUGCUUUAAGCUUACAAAAUAGAAAUGGUGGACUGUGUUGUCAGGGAAAAUGUCCUAUGAAAUAGUAUUAUUAUUUUUCUGAUUUGUAUUUUACGCUCAUUUGUUUUGAGGUUUUGAAUUCAAAAGUGACAAUUGCAAUAAUAAAGGUGUGGCGUCGUCACGGCUGGUCAGUACAAGUAUUGUGCAAGAUCUGUGUGACGCAGAACCUCCUUAAGUCUCACAACCCCAGAAUUGUUUUGCCAUGUAGGAGGUUAUGUAUGGAUCUAUUUUUGAGUGUGAUCAUAACUUGUAUUUUUAUGCUUCCAUUUAGCCUUUAUAGAUUUAUCAGCAAACCAAAAUCCAUGGAGGUUUGAUUGAUGUUUCAUUUGUGCGUACCAGCAAGGAUGAAGAUGGAAAUGGUGCAGUAGGAUUUAGGUACAAAAACAUUGCAAAGUGCACUUCAUCAUGGUACGGCAUUGACAGAGUGCAAAAUCAUUUUCAGUAUUUUUUCAAAGAAGCAAAGUUGUGUAUUUGUUUUAACCCUGAAUCUGACGAAUCUGGUAGAUUUAUACUAGAAAUUAAAGCAAAAAUAAUCACAGUUUGCCAAUGGGGUAAGAAAAGUGGCUAUUUAUUGUCAUACACAAUUUUGCCUUUUACGUAAAUUUCUGUUUUUACAAAAACACUUUUUAGGGGGGGUGGGGGGGCACAGUGUAAAGCUACUGUGUUCUCAUUAGCACAACACUGAAUAAAUAAAUAUUUUAGGUGGAAAAACCAAAGAUGCGGAUUACAAAAUGGCUUUCGUUUGCUACCGUUAUGUCUGCUUAAGUUGAUGUCUUUUUCAUUUUAUUCCGUACAGUCUUGAAUAAAAGCAAUGAUGAAUAAGUAAAAAUAUGAUAGUUUCCCCUCCGUCCCUUUUAUUUAUUUUAGUCUGUGUAUGUAUUCAAUUUAUUUGAUUAAUUUCACAAACCCUGAGCUAAUGUUGAGUUUGAUCUAUUUUGCAAUGGUUUUUUUUUAUUCUUUUGCGCAGCUAUUUUUUUUUUUUUUUUUGUCAAAUCAUUCAGCCUUUCAUAUAUUUUUAGCCUUCACAAAACGAUUUGAUUAUACUUUCUGUAUGAAUAUAACCAAUCCUUAAAAACGAAAAUGGUUUAAGAGAGGGAAACCGUUAGUAAGUUUUUGUGUGUAUGUGUGUGUAUGAGUUUAUUUCUUUAAUUUUAUAAAUGUAUGUCUUUUCUUUAUUAUUUUUUUCUUUUUUUUAAGCAUUUUGUCUGAGUUUUAACAAUGUUACAAAGUGUGCAACCUGUAUUGCAAAGACAAGCUGAGUUGACAAAAGAUUGAACAUUUAAGCAAUGCAUUGGGUCCAGGUGUUAGAAAUGACAAUGACAAUGAUGUGUUGAGCGAGACACCUUAGAGGUCAGUUGCUGCGAAGAAGUGCAACCUAGUAAAGAAUACAACGCCAACGUAAUGACAAAAAACACUAUUCAUUCUCUUUCAUGUUACACAGCGUUGGUUAAUUUAUGCCACCAAACACUGUAUGUUUAAAUCUUGUAUUAAAAAGUGUUCUCACCGGGAA